AUGGUUGGUACAAACAUCCAAACACGCUCGUGGGCUUCGCCGAACUUCGAAAUACAACGUCUCAUGAUUAUGUACUUCAUGUCACGUGCUCGAAAGAUCCAACAACCAUUUUUAGCAAGUGGUAUCGUACAACAGUUUGCACUAAUGCGCGUCGGUGCUAUACAAACGGUUUUUAACCCCUUUCCGCGAUGGCAUUUGGGACCGUCGCCAAAGCGCGACCGUUGGUCGCCGGAGGCCAGGUUCAUCGAAGCCGCCCACAACGGCGACGUCGGCAAGAUCAAGAAGAUUGCAAAGGAGCUGGACGUCCGCGGGCACGGGAUCCCGGUGACGGUGGCCAACACCACCUACAUGGGCAUGAACGCCCUCCAUGCCGCCGCCGGCUGCGGCAGCUUCUCGGUCUUCCAGUAUCUCGUGGAGGAGGUCAAGAUGGAUGCGGACUUGCCUGACACCGCUCAGCAGUUUACACCCGUGGCGCAUGCCGUCACCAAUGGCAACCUUCCCGCCGUCAAGUACCUCAUUGAUCAUGGCGCUGAUGUGCAUCAGCAACGUGCAAAGGGAAACAUCACUCUUCUUCAUGCAGCUGCAGUUCAUGGGUACUCUGAAAUAGUAAAGUUUCUUCUUGUGAGGGGAGCUGAUGUGCAUGCAAUAUCAGAUCUUGGAACAGCACUCGCGGAUGCUGCCAUUAGAGGAUUUCCUAGUAUUGUCAAGAUCCUUUUGGAGCACAAUGCAGAUCCCAACAAGGCUAGUUGUCAGUUUGGACUUUUAAGCAUGGCAUUACAAAAAUCUUCUAUAUCCUGGGUGAAGUUAUUGAUUCAGGGUGGAGCUAAUGUCAGUGGUGAUAGUCCUCAGGAUAAUCUUUUGGUAAAGGCUGCAGAGAAGGGCUUAACUGAAGCUAUCAAGUGCUUGUUGGAAGCUGGUGCAAACCCAAAUGUUCCUAGCACAUUUGGUAGACUGCCAAUUGAGUUGGCUGCUGAGUAUGGUACACGGGAAGAUGUUGAGAUUCUCUUUCCGUUCACCUCGCCCAUUUCAACUGUGGCAAAUUGGAGCGUUGAUGGAAUCAUUAGUCAUGUGAAGAUGGAAAUCAAGCAACUAGAGGAUGAAAAAUUUGUGAAAGAGAGGGUGUCUGACCUGAAACGACAAGCAGAUGAAGCAUUCAAAAACCAGGAUUAUCUAAAUGCAUCAGUGCUCUACACACAGGCACUGAAGAUGGAUAACUUCGACGCCAAGUUGUUGUCAAACAGGAGUCUUUGCUGGCUUCGCAUGGGUGAUGGACAAAGGGCUUUUGAUGAUGCAACUAAAUGCAAAAGGCUGCGUCCAAAGUGGGCAAAGGCGCACUAUCGAGAAGGAGCAGCUCUAAUGUUCAUGAAGGGAGGCGAUGGAACUUAA